UUUCUUAAUAAAAUAACGGAACAAAUCCUUCGGCCGCGGUAGAGAGUUAAGCCUUCCGCCGAAGCUCAGAUCACAACGAUCACCGUCACGAGAGGCGAAGAUGGUGGCAGGAGAAGUAAAGAGGUUAGAGAUGAUGCAGAAUCUCUUCGGAGAUAACUCCGAGGAGGAGGAGGAGGAAGAAGAAGAAGAGAUCGACUCCGAACAUGAGUCCAAUCCUCACCCCAACGAUCCUUCCGAUGAAGCUGAGGGAGGUGUAGAGCCUGGAGAAGAAGCUGUGGUUGAAGUUCAAGUAGAGGCUGAAUCUGAAGGGGAACAGGGCGAUGUAGAACCUGGUCAUGGAGAAAGCGAGGGUGAGAGAGAGCCAAGUUCACAGGAACGUGAUGUUGCUGAUCCAGUGGAGGAAAGCGAAGAAGAAGAAGAAGAAGAAAGAGAUGAGGAGAGAGUAGUUACAAAGAGGAGACAAGAUGUUGUUGAGAGUGGAUCAGAGAGGUCUGGUGACAGGCGUUAUGAGUCUGAAGAUGAAGAGGUUGAGCAGACUAGGAUUCAAAGAUCACCUAGUGAGGAGAAGGAAGAGGCUCAAGUUGCACAAUCAGACGUUAACAUUCGCAAUGUGUUUGGAUCUUCGGAUGAUGAAGAUGCAGAAGAAUAUGUUCGUAAUGACAUUGAGCCAGAUGAGCCUAGAUCGCCAGUUGAAGAUGAAGAGGGCUCUGAGAAGGAUCAGAGACCCGACGACAUGGGCCUUGAUGAUAUGAUCCCUGAAGAGGAUCCUCGCUACGAGUCAGAAGAUGAGCGUGUUGAAGCUAGGCACAGAGACAGGGACAGGCCAGUUGGUCCUCCUAUGGAAGUGGGAGUUCCUUUCCGCCCUCCUCCUGGUGAUCCUGAAAAGAUGAAUAUGAUAAAAGUUUCUAAUAUAAUGGGGAUUGAUCCAAAGCCAUUUGAUGCCAAGACCUUUGUUGAAGAAGACAUAUUCGAGAGUGAGGAACCUGGAGGAAAGAUGCGUAUUCGUCUGGCUAAUAACAUUGUGCGCCAUAGGUUUGUUAAAGGUCGAGAUGGUAAAACAUAUAGUGAGAGUAAUGCUCGGUUUGUAAGGUGGUCAGAUGGAAGCUUACAGCUAUUGAUAGGAAACGAGGUUCUUGAUAUAACCGAACAAGAUGCACGACAAGACCAGAAUCACCUUUUAGUCAAACAUGAAAAGGGAAUCCUUCAAUCACAAGGAAAAAUUAUGAAGAAAAUGAGAUUUAUUCCGUCAUCUCUAACGUCGAAUUCACACAGGCUUUUGACUGCUCUUGUUGACUCGAGGCAGAAGAAGGACUUCAAAGUCAAGAACUGUGUUACUGACAUUGACCCUGAGAGGGAGAAGGAGAAGAGAGAAAGGAUGGAGAACCAAAACCUCAAGGCUAGUACAAAGUUGAGUCAAGCAAGGGAGAAAGUUAAGCGCAAGUAUCCACUUCCUGCUGCUAGGAGACAACUUUCCACUGGGUACUUGGAAGAUGCUCUCGAAGAGGAUGAAGAGACAGACCACUAUGGCUCACACCGCUCAAACCGUGGCUAUGAGGAGGAUCUUGAAGCCGAAGCACAACGAGAACGAAGGAUUAUGAACGCCAAGAAGAGCAACAAAGGCUUUACGGGGAGGUCUUCAAUGACUUCAGCAAGACCAACAAGGCGUCAAGAGUAUUCAGAGAGUGAGAGAGAAGAAUCAGAGUAUGAGACUGAAGAGGAAGAAGAGGAAGAGGAAAGGCCACGUUCACGUAAGAGAGUCAAGGAACCAGAAGAUGAGUAUGAAGAAGAAGAGGAGGAAGAAGUAGAAGAAGAAGAUGAAGAAGAAGAAGAAGCUGAGGGACUGAGGGGAGAUAAGGACCGUGGUGGUGGUGGCCGGAAAAGGAAAGGGAUUGAAUCAGAUGAGGAGGAGGAGUCUCCUCCGAGAAAAGCUCCGACUCACCGUCGUAUGGCCAUGGUUUACGACAGUGAUGAAGACUAACACUUCUCAUCUAUCUUUCACUCUCCCAUUUCAUUAACUUUUUUUUUUAUGCAGUCUUGGAACCAGACUCGUUUUAAGUAAAGUUUUAGUUAAAUUGAAAUAUCACCAAAUCGUGAGGGUUGGAUUGAUCAUUUUGUAAUUCAUGUAUUAUUGGUUGAAGAUAAUAAACGGUGUGUUCCCUUCUGUAAAUGUAAUACAAUCAUUUGC